AUGGCAUUGAGAGCAGCUGUGAGGAAUAAGAGUGCUUUAUCAGCUCUUCUUUCCCAGCUGUCCCCCUGCAACAGUCAUGGCAGAGUAUGUGUCACUCAGAGGAGGAACAACUCCACCUCACCUAAAAUAAAGGUGGAUUUUGACCAUAGCGCAGGUGUCGCAGUGAUGCGCCUGCAGAGUCCACCUGUCAACAGCAUGAGUUUAGAUUUCCUCACAGAGUUUUGUGUUAACUUGGAGAAGCUGGAGAUGGAUAAGAGCUGCCGAGGCCUCAUCAUCACCUCGAGCCAACCCAAGGUGUUCUCAGCCGGGCUGGACAUCAUGGAGAUGUACGGGAAGAGUCCUGAGAGCUGUGAAGAAUUCUAUAGAGCUGUUCAAGAGAUGUGGCUGAAACUCUACAGCUCCAACAUGAUCACUAUAGCUGCAAUCAACGGUACCUGUCCUGCCGGUGGAUGUCUGAUGUCUCUGACAUGUGACUACAGGAUAAUGGCGGACAACCCGCGUUACAGCAUCGGCCUUAAUGAGACGCAGCUUGGCAUCGUGGCACCUUUUUGGUUUAAGGACACCAUGGUUAAUACAGUGGGUCACAGGACCACAGAGAUGGCCCUGGAGCUUGGACUGCUCUACAACUCUUCAGAGGCCCUGAAGAUAGGCCUGGUAGAUAAACUGGUACCAGAAGACCAGGUCUUGACCACAGCCACACAAACCAUGACCAAGUGGCUGGCCAUUCCAGACCACGCCAGACAGAUCACCAAGUCCAUGAUGAGGAAGCCAACCAUUGACAAGCUAACGUCCAACAGAGAGGCUGACAUCCAAAACUUUAUCAGCUUCAUCACCAAAGACUCCAUUCAGAAAUCGCUUCGUGUAUAUGUGGAGAUGCUUAAAAAGAGAAAGGGCUAGAGGAGACAGGCAAACAUAUAAAAUGACCUACACAUGUCAGACUUUGUGAAUAGUUGAAAACACACCUGCCAUCAUUUUUAAUAACCCUAUGUGACGAAACUAGCUUGGGGAGAACACAUCCAAGAUCAACAGCAAUGAUUCAAUGACAAAAAUAGUUUUCUAUCUUAC